AUGGCCUCGGCCGGCUAUAUUCAAGUCUCACUAAUCUGGGUGGCAUACGCUAUUGCGGUCCUACUAGCCCUUGUUAUCGCGGUCAUCACCACCUUCACCUGGCAAACACAUCGCGACAGAUCGGCCAUCAUCAGCACAGUAGCCAUCAUUAGUCUUACGGCGCUCCUGGCGACCGUGCUUCUCCUCCCCGUCGACAUCGCGCUCGUUUCCGCCACGACCAACUCGGCCCUCGGCAUCAAGAAGGACUGGGCGACACCGACGCGUAUCCGCAAUAUUCUUCUCACGCUCAAGAUCGUAUACUACUCGCUAUACAGCUUCGAUGCGCUGCUAUGCUUGAUCGUCAUUCCCUUCUCGUACUUCUGGUACGAGGAGUACGAUGAGGUGGAGGAGCAGGAGGGCAACCAGACGUUCGGGAGUCGACUCUGGGGCGCUUUGAAGUAUACUAUCGCUUUCAUCUUGCUGGUGGUUAUCAUCUUCCUUGUCGGAUUCUUCGUGCCUGCCUCCGGGAAAGGUCGAGGAGAGCAUUUGGAUUUGGACUUUUUCAAGAGGCUAUUAGACGAGAACCAUGGCGAAAAGGCUUUGACUUUUGGGCUAGGCUUAUUGAUCACCCUGGGUACUCUGAUGUACACACUUUACACGGGUGUUGGCCUAGCACUUCUGCCAGUCUCUUUCAUCAAAUCAGCACCGUCGGUUUCAGCGCCACAAUUGUCGGAGAACACGGCAUCGCAACUGGAACAGAACCGGGAGCGCCAGAGACAACUCGAGAUGUGCAGUGCGGGACGCUCUGAGGGCAUGUCGCAGAAAGAUAGGCGCGAGCUCGAAGCCCUCGCACGAGAAGAACGGACCUUGGUCCGCCGCGAGCGACUUGCGGCUGAGGCCCAGGGCGAAGGCAAGAGCUGGAUUGUCAGGACGUGGACCAAGAUAUGUGCUGUGUUCCGACCUAUCAAGCUUAUUGGAGGCCUCCUAUUAAUUCUGAUCGCUCUUCUUGUUUGGGUAUCCAUGCUCAUCACGGGUAUCGACAAGGCCGCCAACUCGGUCUGCAAGGAGCACUGCGGCUACAUCUUAGCACACAUCAACGUGUUCCAACCUGUCAACUGGAUCUUUGUGCAAACAGCACGUGCCUUCCCUGUAGACUACAUUCUGAUGGUACUGUUGAUCUUACUCCUUUUCAGCAGCUCCAUCACUGGCCUUGCCACCGUUGGUAUCCGCUUUCUGUGGCUACGCAUCUUCCAGAUUCGCAAGGGACGAACUGCUCCGCAAGCCCUCCUCAUUGCUACCGUCAUGUUGGCUCUUAUCACCCUGGCCAUCAACUAUGCCGUCGCCAUGUUAGUCGCGCCCCAGUACGCUGCGUUCGGUACGCAAACUUUUUGUGAUUUGCCGGCCCAUCACGCAGAUGAGAUACCGAGCUGCGACAACCACCCCGAGGCCGUCAAACCGUGCUCCGAAUGGGUCGACCGCCACUACAGCAUGCAAGUGUGUACCCCGACAGUCAUGAGUUCGUUCCUGAACCGUGUUACGCUCAACUGGCCCGUCUUCGGUGCCAUCGACUUCUGGGGUCAAUUUGUCUUUCUCGCCGUUUUUCUCAUUGUCUUCCUGACGAGCCUGUUCCGCACCCCGCAAAUGGGUCUGAGCGAAUUCGACGAGGACGCUGAGGCCGAUGAAGAGGAGGGACUCUUGGCCAGUACUGGUCGGAGAUUUGGGGCUACUUGGCAGGAUAUCACGGGUAGGGCCAAGAAGACUACCAACGGGGCCGGUGCUGGUGACAGCAGCGGACGAUCUGAGAUUGCUUAA